AUGUCCGCUAUCGCCUCCAAAGCUGUCACUAAAAUCCUCAAAAACAGGGUAUCUCAACAAGCCCCACCUGAUCCUCAUAUUGAGAUUAUCGUAGAUGCCAAGGGUAAGACGAAAAAGGUCGUGCGACCAUUGCCUGAAGGUCUGUCCAAGCGAGAUAAGAAAGCGUUAAAGAAGAUUCGUAGAAGAGCUCAUUAUUUGGAUAAGGGUAUGAACGUAUGCGGAUUUAGAGUGGGAUGGACAUUCUUCAUUGGUAUCAUCCCUGGUGCAGGUGAUGUGGUGGAUGCUGGACUCAACUACUUCCUCAUCGUCAGACCAUCUAAGAAACUUGAUAUUCCCCAAAGUCUCCUGAGUAAGAUGUUGGUGAAUAAUGCGAUUUCCGCUGGAUUAGGAUUUAUCCCAAUCGCAGGUGAUAUCUUCCUAGCAGCUUGGAAGGCAAAUUCUCGAAAUGCUCAUCUUCUCGAGGAAUUCCUCAAAAUCCGAGGUCAGGAGCUUCUGGCAGCUCAAGGUCAAGGCCCAAGUGCCAUCCAAGCUAGCGAAGCAGCCGCUCAUGGUGUAUCACCCGAAGCACUCAGACCAUUGUUCUCACCUGGUGCAGGGAUGAACGAGGAUGUUGAAGCUGGACAAGCUCAGAAAGUCAAAGCGAAACCAGUCAGAGCGUAG